CUGACUUCAACUUAGUAAUCUAUCGAUUUGUGCUCACCGAAAAUAAAUUGACAACCUCAAAAUGUCUGGCGUUCAGCUCAUUGUAACGCCCACAACCGUGAGUUUUCAGGCGUCCCUAUUGCACUCCCAAAAGCGUCGGAUAAUUCUGAUCAACUCCAGCGAUAAGGUUGUGAUCUAUAGAGUUUGUUUGAGUAAUGAUAAGGAUUACAAGGCGGAGCCUUCGACGGGCAGAGUAGAAGCAUUUGAUAACACCGAAUUCACUGUAACCCUGUCGCCAGUUGAGGAGGAUCUACCCGAUUGCACCAUUGUUGUGAAAAGCAUAGCAGAAGAUAAGUUAAUAAAGGGAAAAAAUGCCCAAUGGAACUCGACGAGUGUGAAGAUAGAACUAGAUCCCAAGAAAUCCCCCCGUCUAAGGAAUGAUACCUUGGGGACCGCUCUGAAGCCCCAGGCUCUGGAUGAGAUACUCGAAGAACACUAUAAACCAGUGUGUGCGGACUGUGACCAGAAGUUGAUUGAAGCAAAUGCCUCCCACAUCGGGCGGAAUGGCUUCUUAGGUUUUGUUUUGGUUUGCGCCGUCUGCCUGGUAUCUUAUUAUAUCCAUGAGAAACUGUAGGUCUUGUGGUCCAGGAACGACUUUGCAGCGCGAAUCAAUUGAAUUAUGAAUUAUGCAAAUAGGAAUCCCAGCCCCAAGCGGAUUUCACUCAGCCCAUCUCACAGUUACCUAAAUCAAUCAUACGCGCCGUUGGCCUCAUUAGUCGAGCGUUUAGCCCAGCCACUUUCUCGCCCUCUUCAGUUCGACCUAUGUUUGCACUCAGAAAAAUAAAUGGUUAUAUAUC